GUCAGCUUUUGUUUUGCUCCUCAAGCAUCGUUAAUUUAUUAACGUUUUUCGCGUUUUAUCUCCUUUAUUUUCAUAUUUCCGGCCGUCGGAGGUCAUCUACGGAUCGGGACAAGUGGGGGUUGAACGACACCGGUUCCACCAGGACAAAAACAUCCCCAUUUUUUGCGACGUCCUCAGCGGCAAGUUUGAGGUUAGGAUGACGAGCAGACGAUCGGUGAACAGCAAGGCGGGAAAAACCAGCAAGCCGCAAAUCGACCAGGAGGCCAUCUCCCAGCAGCUGCAGGAGAUUUCGGCAAAGCUGUGCAAGCUCGACGAGUUGGAAAAACUCAACAAGGACCUUCAGGGCAACCUGUUGAAGCUUUCCCAUCGCGUGGACGCUGUCACCGCCGAGAACCGUCUCCUCAAGCAGGAGAUCGCGGAUCUCAAGCAGGCGCAGCUGCAGGACGAGAUCUUGAUCAAAGGGUUCAAGCUGGAACGCCCGGAGCAACACCGGGAAGUGUUCCAGAACGUCUGUAAGGCUACUGGUUUCGAAGCACCAGACGUCAAGGAAGUGCGCCCCCUGGUGUUCAAGAAGAAUCAGCAUACGGACGCUGUUCUGGUCAAGUUUUGGCGCGUUGAGGACAAGAACCGGUUCAUCAAGUGUGUGCGGUCAAUCAAGAAGCCACUGACCCCGCGCGACGUGAACGUUCGAUCCAAAAGCAAGUUCAUUCUUGUGCAGGAUCACCUCACGCCGGAGAAGUUGCAGCUUCACAACAAGGCCUGGGAUCUGACGAAAUUGGGUCUGCAGCGUCCGUGGUUCUACAGAGGUUCCACCUGGAUCAGUCAUCCGGAGUCCAAGAAGCCGUUCCGUGUGGGUGACUCGAAGGACGUCGAUGAAAUCGAGUUCAUCCUGUGCACGCGCGAGGACAACGGCCACCCAGACUUGAGUGAGCCGCUAAUCGCCAGAAACCGAACUCCUUAAAAGGUCUACGCCGAUGGAGUUCUGGAGCCAGCCGCAUCAACUUUGUCGUUACAUUUUUAUUGAAUUUUCAAUGACAUGUAAUCUACUUAAUUUGUA